ACCGCUCGUUUAUCCACAGCCGAAGACAGUCAAGAUGGCGUCCGAGGGUCAGUCUGAGUACGAGUCUGUGCUCUGUGUCAAACCUGAAGUGAACGUCUACCGGAUCCCACCGCGAGCAUCCAACCGGGCGGUCAGGGCUGCAGACUGGAAGCUGGAUGCCCCGGACUGGCAGGGGCGUAUGCGUGUGACAGCCAGGGGGAAAGUGGCCUAUGUCAAACUGGAAGACAAAAUCUCUGGAGAGUUAUUUGCACAGGCACCAAUAGAUGAAUAUCCAGGCAUCGCUGUGGAAACAGUCAGUGACUCUAGCCGCUACUUUGUGCUUCGUAUCCAAGAUGAAAACGGCCGUAGUGCAUUCAUAGGCGUUGGUUUUGGAGACAGAGGUGAUGCAUUUGACUUCAACGUCGCUCUUCAGGACCAUUUUAAGUGGGUCAAACAAGACAUCGAACUGACAAAGCAAGCACAAGCUCCAGAUACAACUCCUAAACUAGAUUUGGGAUUUAAAGAAGGCCAGACAAUUACUCUAAAUAUUGGGCAAUCAAAAAAGAAAGAGCGAUCUCGCCCUCAGAGCUCUGGUGGUCUGGGGCUGCUCCCACCCCCACCUGGAGGAAAACUUGCCCCGCCCCCAUCUUCCAGAAACACCAAUCACAACACACAGCCAAUCACAGGAGGAAGUGAGACAGGCUGUUUACUGGAUCUAGAUUCAAACAGUUCAAAUUCAUUCGCUCCGUCGAACACCACCUCUACGGCGUCUGCAGAUCUGUGGGGAGAUUUUGACUCUGCACCUCCCAAGUGAGGAAGUCUUUCUGUUUUCCCUUUUCUUUUUGGGAAUUUCCUUAUGCAACAUGGUUUCCCCCAUUUCGGGGUCCUGAGUUUCUCUGCCAAGCAGGGUAACACGCGAUACUACAAAUGUGCAUUGCUCUGUGCUGUCCUGCCCCUCUGCAUUCAGUCGACUUGACACUAAUUACCCCAGGCGUCUGCUGAGCUGUCAGAAAGCCCCUGUUUUGUCUACAAAAUGUUGACCUUGUUGUUUUAACCCAUGUAGCUUCAUUUAAAGGUCCACAAUGAUUUUUUUUCUGGUGGAGGGUCUGCCAGCCUGCUGGUCUCUAUGAAGAUGUUCUUGUUUUGCCUGGAGUAUCCCACAGCAUGGCAUUAACCUCAACUAGCAUUCAUAUAUUCAGAUACAGAUGUGUUUAUUACUGAAAAUGAAAUUGAUUCUGUGUAGACUCUGCACACCUGACUGGGCGACAGGUGCGUUGGAGAAGAGGCACUUAGCCGUUUUUAAAGAAUCAGAUCUUCCUUGGUCCCUCAAUACCUGAGGAAGGUCUGAGGGACUGAAACGUCGUACCAAUAAAAGAAAAAUCAAGAGUUAGUCAGUGUGCGGGAGUUUUCUUUAAAAACUGAUGACAAUGAAAAACAUGCAUCUGUGCUGGGAGUAGUAUCUCCACAGAACUGACCUGUAAUUUCCUGUGCCACGUUCUUGUCUCCAUGAAGUUAGACAAGUUUAAUGCCAUAUUGUGUAACAUAAAUUUCAAUGCAAAGCGAAAACAUUUACGCAGAAACAAGCAAAUUGCAGACCCUACACCAAAUAAUUACAUAGUGAACCUUUAAUAAACCCUUUCCCUUUGACAACACAAUCUAAACUUACUGUAAUAUACAAUGUGUGUGAUAAAUAAAUUGAUUUAUGUACAGAGAGAUUAUACAGAAUAUACAACACAAGGUA